AUGGCCCCUACUUGUGGAGGAGGAAUCCCACUAGGGAUGGUGAUAUACGCGGCCGUUAAGCCGAUUUUCAAGAUCUACUUUAUUAUAGCAAUAGGUUUUUAUUUGGCGAAAAGGAAUAUCUUAUCCGUGCCGACAUGUCGAGAUAUAUCGGAUGCAAUAGUGAGUGCCAUUAUGCCGUGUUUGAUUUUCAAUAACAUCGUAUCAAAUUUGAAAUCAUCCGAUAUCAAAAAUUUGGGGAUCAUUUUCUUUGAAGGUACUUUACUUUUUUCGUUAGGAUUGAUGUUGGCUUAUAUUGUAUCGUUGAUAACAAAUUGUCCUAAAAGAUGGUUAGGUGGAUUACUUUCGGUUGGCUUAUUUCCUAAUAUUAGUGAUUUGCCCAUUGCUUAUAUGCAAACACUUUCAAAGGGAGGAAGAAUAUUCAGUGCUACUGAAGGUGAUAAAGGAGUUGCAUAUGUUUGUAUCUUUUUGGCGUCACAAGUUUUCUAUCAAUUUAGUUUAGGAUUAUAUCAGUUGGUUGAAUGGGAUUUCAGAGAUGAAAUUAAAGGUGAAAAUUAUAACGAUGACGAAAAUCAAAACUCUUCCUUAACUGAAAAAGAAUCAAAUCAGAAUAAUAGCACCACCCCCAAUGAAGAAGAUGAUGAGCAAACUUCAAUCAGCUCAAGUGAACUGAAUCAACAGCCCAAUCCAGUGAAUAUAGAAAAGACAGAGUCUCCUCCAGCUAAUGAUUUAGAAAAUAGUCAACAUCGAGCAUUUUUAAGACAACAUGAAUUAUUAAAGAAUAAUUCAAACCCAAGAUCUUCUAUUUCCAUGAACAGUGGGGAAUCCAUCAGUUCUCAUAGUUCUCAACCUCAACCCCAAGCACAAACCCAUACUUCGAGCCGUCGUCGUAAUAGUCAAACUUCUUCAAACACUAAUUAUUACUCUUUAAACCCAGUCAAUUCAAGAGCAGUUGACUUGAGAACUCAAAAAUCUCAAGACAUUCAAGACGUUAUUAAUGAAUACUCUGAAUUCGAAAGAUUGCGUACCAAUCAAGUCAGACAAAACGUCACUGGUACCAGCGACGUUGGCAUCGAACCAAUUGAUUUGGUAAAUGAUUCACAGAGCUUACAAUCGAGUCAUCUUGAAACAAAAGGUGCUAAAUUCAAAAGACACGCUAUCAGAGUGUUGAAAAACUUUGCAGCACCUAAUUCUGCAUCCUUAAUUAUCUCAAUUAUCAUUGCCAUGGCUCCUCCUUUGAAAGCCUUAUUUGUUCCAAGUAAUCAAGUCCAUAUUCACCCUGCUCCCGAUGAACAACCUCCAUUAUCAUUCAUAAUCGACUUAACUUCUUAUGUUGGUAAUGCUUCAGUUCCCUUGGGUUUGUUACUAUUGGGAGCUACAAUUUCAAGAUUGAAAGUUCGUGCAAUGCCUCCAGGUUUUUGGAAAACUGCCCUUGCCAUCACUGCCACUAGAUUAAUCAUCUUACCAAUCAUUGGAGUAGGCUUGACCACCGGUUUUUACAAAGGUGGUUGGUUUGGUGACGACCACUUGGUCAGAUUCAUUAGUGUUUUGGAAUUCGGCUUACCUAACGCCACUGCUCUUGUUUACUUCACUGCAUUCUACACUGACCCCCAUCUGGAUGAUCAUUUACAAAUGGACUGUUUAGCAGUUUGUUUGAUUUGUCAGUAUUUGAUCCUUUGGAUCACCUUACCUUUUUUGGUUACCUUUACUCUAAAAGUUUCAAUAGGCUUAUAA